UUUUCAAAAGGCCACAAUAUAACAAGCUUGAUAUGUUUGGUUUCUGUAAGUUGCACUUAUAUGUGUAUUGUGUGACAAGCAGGAUUGAUUGAAAAUAUCCUGUAUAUAAAAAAUUGGCCGUCCUUUUAUUAAUUCUUGUUGACAGUGUUGAGGUUGCGUAUUUUUGUUCAGUACACUCUUUGGGUGCGACUUUGUGGGAUGUAUCGUUCGUAAAAAACUUAGUUUUGGAAUCCAGAGAGUCCGCUGUAGAUCUCAUUCAGCUUCUGAUCUGGCGCAUACGACUGAAAAAUUAAUAUCAUGAAUGUAUUUGAGGAAUCAUUUUUGCUUCGUUUCAGGUGUUUCCAGCAAAGAGGACAUCAAGUAUCUGAUAUCAUGCGCUGAUGAAAAGCCAAAUUACCCUGAUAUAUAUAUGAAAAUACAUGAACCAAAUCCGAACGGUUCUUUUUUCAGUAGCUAUUUAAAUCAACAGUCUGUGAUUGCUGAUCCGAAGACUGGCGCACGCCAGAGUAGCAUGGUUUUGACCAAUAAUGAAUAUUCGGAAGUCAAAACAAUGAUGGACGUAUUCCAUAGAGGGCUAUCUUUAUCCCGUUCAAAAAAGUGUUUAGGUAGCAGAUAUACUACAAAUGAGCCAUAUUCAUGGAUCACUUAUCAAGAAGUUGAUGAGAAAAUUCAGGCUUUUGGAUCAGCGCUUGUUGGAAUUAUGAAAAAGUAUCCAGAGUCAGAAAGGUUUGUAGGUGUUUACGGUCGAAAUUCACCACAGUGGUUUAUUACACAAUAUGCCUGUUUUUGUUACUCGUACACUGUUGUCCCUCUGUAUGCUACUUUGGGUGAUCCAGCUAUGCAACAUAUUCUUAAACAAACUGGGCUCGUCAUAUUAAUGUGCCAUUCAGCAGAUUUAGCUAUCAAGAUCCUAGAGAACUUUAAUUCAUCAUUAAAAGUCAUUAUCAUUGCUGUCCAGGAUCAAAGUUUUGAAGAUCUAAAAGCCCAGUAUAGUUCUUCGGUGAACAUUUAUUCAUUUGAUGAAUUCUCGGAUCUUGGAAGAAGUGAUCUUAAACCAAAAAUUCCUCCAGCUGAGAAAGAUCUAUGCCUCAUCUGUUAUACUAGCGGCAGUACAGGCUUGGCCAAGGGUGUCAUGAUUAGUCAUGAAAAUUUGGUAGAUACAAUCUGCUCUACAAUGGAGUCUACGGAAGCAAAGUUGUAUUGUCGGAAUUCUGUUCACAUUUCAUAUCUACCUUUUGCUCAUGUAAUGGAGCAAGUUACUUCGGCUGCUGCUGUAUUUUGUGGGGGACAAAUCGGAUUCCUUACUGGAGCAAUUACUGGCUUGUUAGAUGAUGCUCAGGCUCUAAAACCUACAGUACUUCCGGCGGUUCCACGUGUCUUGUCGCGUAUAUAUGAAAGAUACCAGAAUGCACUUGGUAAUUCAUUUUUAAAAAGGUAUCUAUAUGAAUAUACUCUUAAAAGAAAUCUAAAGAUUUUAAACAGUGGGAAAAUUAAUCGUGAUGAUAUUCUUGACACACUUUUUUUCAAGAAGCUCCGUCAGGCUCUUGGUGGAAGGGUAUGUAUGAUAGUUACAGGGGGUGCACCAAUUUCACCAGAGCUGUUCAACUUCUUUCGAGCUGCUUUCAAGGGUCUUAUUGUCGCAGGUUACGGAUCAACUGAAGUUUCCGGUGUAACUAGCGUAACUGUCUUAGGGGAAUCUCAUGAAGGUACUGUCGGUGCGAUCACUUCUAGGAUCGAAGUCAAACUUGCUGAUGUCUUAGAUAUGGAUAUUGUAGCUCUCAGAGAUAACAGAGGCGAGAUAUGUAUUAAAGGGAAACGGUGUACCAAAGGUUAUUUCCAAGACCCUGAAAGUACAGCCCAAAUUAUUGAUGCUGAUGGUUGGUUACAUACUGGUGACAUUGGAGAAUGGACAACUGAAGGCGCUUUGAAAAUUGUUGAUCGUGUAAAAAGUAUGUUCAAGUUGGCACAGGGCGAAUAUGUAGCUCCAGAAAAAAUAGAAGUGAUUUAUCAGAACUGUCAACUUAUAGACCAAAUAUUUGUUGAUGGGAAACCGGAACAAAAUUUCCCUGUCGCUGUUGUCACUCCGAAUUUCGUAAACUUACGUUCAUGUAUUAAUUCUUACCUAAAAUCUGGUUGUAAUGUAGAUGAUGGGAAAAUAUUCGAUCUGAAACCAUCAGAUAUUUCUCGAUUAUCUGACACCGAUAUUUGCAAAAACAUAGAAAUUCGACGAUUUGUUUUGCGAAAAAUGAAUGAAGUCGCAACAGAAAAGGGAUUAAAGAUAUUUGAAAUGGUACAAUCUAUCUACCUAAAUGAUAAUCCAUUUACUGUUGAAAAUGGAUUGUUAACUCCAACCAUGAAAAUAUCACGUCAAAAUGCCCGUCGACACUUUCAAUCUAUCGUUGAAUCACUAUACUCAGAAAGAGAUGUUCUGAAGGUCAAUGCAUAA